AUGGUCAAAAAUCAUUCUGGAGUCUCUGACGGCGGUAUCGAUGGUUGCAAGGUUGUUGCAACCGGAACCAACGUGGAAAGCCACUCCUGUCAGGUUGAGCUUCAAGUUGGCGCAUUCCUGGACCAAUUGACGGGCCUCCUGCAAAGAGGCACCGAACUUGACGGACAGGGGACAGGUGGCUUCGGAGUCGUCGGUUCUGAUCCGAAUCAGCAGCUCGCAGUCUGGGUGAAACUGGGCAAUUUUGUGCAAUUCGUCCAGGUUAUCAACGGUGGUCAUGUUGACGUUGUUUUCCCUGGCAUACCGAAUAUAAGGCACAGCUUUGCACGGGUUCGCAUAGAUGAUUCUUGCCGGGUCUGCUCCAAGAGCCAAAACCUGCUGGAUUUCGGUCUUGGAAGCACAAUCGAACCCGAGAUCCAUCUGAAGCAAGGUGUGCAGCAACUUUUGGUCACUGUUGCACUUGACGGCGUAGAAUGGCUCGACACGAGGCAUUUCCGCACGCCAUAA